AUGGCGCAACGUUGCCCGGGGCGCGGCGGCGGCGAACCAAGCCCAGCGGGCCGAGAGGAACAGGCCGGGUCCAGCCUCGGCCGCUCAGCCCCGAUCGGGGGCUUUUUUCCGCAGCCUGAGCUCAUCAUGAAGGCCAUUGAUGAGCCUCCAUAUUUGACAGUGGGCACUGAUGUGAGUGCUAAAUAUAGAGGAGCCUUCUGUGAGGCCAAGAUCAAGACAGCAAAAAGACUCGUCAAAGUCAAGGUAACAUUUAGACAUGAUUCUUCAACAGUGGAAGUGCAGGAUGACCACAUAAAGGGCCCAUUAAAGGUAGGAUCUGUUGUAGAAGUAAAGAAUCCAGAUGGAACUUACCAGGAAGCUGUCAUCAACAAAUUAACAGAUGCAAGUUGGUAUACUGUAGUAUUUGAUGAUGGGGAUGAGAAGACUCUUAGACGCUCGUCUCUUUGCCUGAAAGGAGAAAGACAUUUUGCUGAAAGUGAGACAUUAGAUCAGCUCCCACUCACGAACCCUGAACAUUUUGGUACUCCUGUCAUAGGAAAGAAGACAAACAGAGGAAGGAGAUCUAAUCAUAUCCCAGAAGAAGAAUCCUCUUCCUCAUCCAGUGAUGAAGAUGAAGAUGAUAGGAAACAAACUGAUGAACUAUUAGGAAAAGUCGUGUGUGUAGACUAUGUUAAUGUGGAUAAAAAGAAAGUUCUGUGGUUUCCAGCCUUGGUGGUUUGUCCAGAUUGUAGUGAUGAUAUUGCAGUGAAAAAGGACAAUGUUCUAGUUCGUUCUUUCAAGGAUGGUAAAUUUGCUUCUGUACCAAGAAAAGAUGUUCGAGAAAUUAGUGAAACUUCACCAAAGCCUGAUGCUUUGUUAAAACAAGCCUUUGACCAAGCCCUUGAAUUCCGUAAAAGCAGAACUGUUCCCAGUAACUGGAAGACUGAGUUGAAAGAGGAGAGCUCCAGCAGUGAAGCUGAAGAAGAGGAAGAAGAUGAAAAAGAAAAGGAAGAUAAUAGCAGUGAAGAAGAGGAAGAAAUAGAGCCUUUUCCAGAGGAAAGGGAGAAUUUUCUACAACAGUUAUACAAAUUUAUGGAAGACAGAGGGACUCCUAUUAAUAAACGACCUGUACUUGGAUACAGAAAUUUGAAUCUCUUUAAAUUAUUCAGACUUGUACACAAGCUUGGAGGAUUUGAUAAUAUUGAAAGUGGAGCAGUAUGGAAGCAGGUGUAUCAAGAUCUUGGAAUACCUGUGUUGAACUCAGCUGCAGGAUAUAAUGUUAAAUGCGCUUACAAAAAAUAUCUAUAUGGUUUUGAAGAGUACUGCACAUCGGCUAAUAUUGAAUUUCAAAUGGCAUUGCCAGAGAAAAUGACUAAUAAGCCCUGCAAAGAGUGUGAAAAAGAAAAAGAAUUGAAAAUGCGUGAAGAACCUGAACAGGAUGUAAAAGAAAUAAAAGUUGUUAAAGAAGAGCAUAAGGAGGAGGAAGAAGUGAUCAUACAACAGGAAGAAACAAAACCAGCUGAGAAUGAUAAUGAAUGUAAAGAAGAUGAUAAACCCACCUUUCUGGAAAACAAACAAAACUUGCAAGAAUCUAUGUAUACUCAGUCUGACCAGGAAAAGGAAUUCAGUUCAACCAAAACAGAAGAUGAAGCCAAUCUUGGAGAUAAAGAGGAAGAGAAUAUUAAAGAAAUGGAAAUUCUUAACACAAACAUGGAGGCUGAAGAAAAAGAAAAAUCAGGAGAUGACACGAAUAAGGAGGAAGAUGAAGAUGAAGAAGAAGCAGAGGAGGAGGAGGAGGAAGAGGAGGAGGAGGAGGAGGAAGACAACAAUGACAACAAUGAGGAAGAAGAGUUUGAAUGCUAUCCACCAGGCAUGAAAGUCCAAGUGCGGUAUGGACGAGGGAAAAAUCAAAAAAUGUAUGAAGCUAGUAUUAAAGAUUCUGAUGUCGAAGGUGGAGAAGUCCUUUACUUGGUGCACUACUGUGGAUGGAAUGUGAGAUAUGAUGAAUGGAUAAAAGCAGACAAGAUAGUGAGACCAGCUGAUAAAAAUGUGCCAAAAAUAAAGCAUCGGAAGAAAAUAAAGAAUAAAACUGACAAAGAGAAGGAUGAGAAGUAUUCUCCUAAAAAUUGUAAAUUGCGACGCUUGUCAAAACCACCCUUUCACACGAGCACAUCACCAGAGACUGAGUCCAAACUUGACAGCACUGAAGCCAAAAACUCUGAACAAGCUCCAGUUAAAUCCAUAGAAAUUACUUCUAUCCUUAAUGGGCUACAAGCUUCAGAAAGUUCUGCUGAUGAUAGUGACCAGGAAGAUGACCAAAGUGUCCAAAAUGUACAUAAUGAUGGCAAGGAGGAAUCUCCAGAUGAGACUGUGAGCCAAGACAAAAAUGAACUCUGUCCAAAAGAAGAGCAGAGCAGCUCAUCUCCCCAAGAAGAGGGGAAAGCCCUUGCAGACGUAGCACCACCUAAAUCAGUAUCCAAAUCACCAGAAAAAUUGCGGAAAGAGCUGGAAGAAUUAUCUGAUGAUACGGACUAUGAAGGAGAGGAUGAAGCUACAAAGAAGAGAAAGGAGGUCAAAAAGGAGGUAGUAGAUAAAACAACAAAGUCACAGGUAAAACGUGGUAAGCGAAGGUAUUGCAUCACUGAGGAAUGUGUAAAGACUGGGUCACCUAAUAGAAAGGAUGAAAAGUCCAAGAGCAAAGACUCCCAUAGCUUAGAACAUAGUAGUAACAGCUCCUCAGAUGAAGAUGAGGAGGACAAAUCUAAACUAAAAAUAACACCAACUAAGAAAUACAAUGGGAUAGAGGAGAAAAGGAAGUCUUUAAGGACAAGUGGUUUCUACUCAGGGUUUUCUGAAGUGGCAGAAAAAAGAAUAAAGCUUCUAAAUAACUCUGAUGAAAGACUUCAGAAUACCAGAGCUAAGGAUAGAAAAGAUGUAUGGUCCAGUAUUCAGGGACAGUGGCCCAAGAAAACAUUGAAAGAACUUUUUUCAGACUCUGACACAGAGGCUGCAGCCUCACCCCCACAUGCUUCUGAGGAUCCUGCAGUAGAGGAGCAGCUGCAGACUCUUGCAGAAGAGGUUUCUUUGCCCAGCUCUGAACUAGAAAAGCCUUUACUAGCCAGCAUAGAUGUUAAACCUGUUGAGGAGAAACCAACGGAAAUGAGUGACAAGAAAGUUGAAUUUCCAAGCAGUGGGAGUAAUUCAGUGCUAAAUACUCCUCCUACAACCCCUGAAUCACCUUCAUCUGUCACUGUAACAGAUUCUAGUAGACAUCAGUCCAGUGUAACAGUCUCAGAGACAUUGGCACCAAAUCAAGAAGAGAUACGAAGCAUCAAGAGUGAAACUGAUAGCACAAUUGAAGUGGAUAGUGUUGUGGGGGAGCUGCAGGAUCUUCAGUCUGAAGGAAAUAUUUCUCCAACAGGCUUUGAUGCCAGCGUCAGCUCUAGCAGUAGUAAUCAACAAGAACCAGAACAUACUGAAAAAGUCUGUACAGGUCAAAAAAGACUUAAAGAUGCUCAGGGAGGAGGCGGUUCCUCAAAAAAGCAGAAAAGAAGCCACAAAACAUCAGUGGUGAACAACAAAAAGAAGAGCAAAACUGCAAACAGCAGUGAUAGUGAAGAACUUUCUGCUGGUGAAAGUAUGACCAAGUCUCAGCCAGCAAAAUCAGUUUCCACUGGAAUAAAGUCUCACCAUACCAAAUCACCUGCAAGAACACAAUCUCCAGGAAAAUGUGGGAAAAACGGAGAGAAGGAAUCUGAUCUCAAGGAACAGAAUAAUCGUUUGCCUAAAGUUUAUAAAUGGAGUUUUCAAAUGUCUGACCUGGAAAAUCUGACAAGUGCAGAGCGCAUAACAAUCCUACAAGAAAAACUGCAAGAAAUCAGGAAACACUAUCUGUCCUUAAAAUCUGAGGUAGCUUCCAUUGACCGAAGAAGAAAGCGCUUGAAGAAAAAGGAACGGGAAAGUGCCGCUAUUACAUCAUCUUCUUCUUCCUCACCUUCCUCCAGUUCCAUUACAGCUGCAGUUAUGUUAACUUUAGCAGAACCAUCUAUGUCAAGUUCAUCACAAAAUGGGAUGUCAGUUGAGUGCAGGUGA